ACGUAGGAUCCAUGUCAGUCAUGGUAGACACGCUGGCACGGUGUGGAAAGCUUGAGGAAGCAAAGGAAAUAUUUGAUCAGGUCCGCGGCUGGUGCAUCUCCUCUUGGACGUCGAUGAUCUUUGCAUAUACCUCGUUCGGGUAUUUUGAAGAAGCAGAGGCUUUAUUUUAUACAAUGCCCGAAGUAGAUACCAUAGCCCGAAACGCAUUUAUUUCAUCUUUAGCACUUAAUCUCAAACUUGCUAGUGCAGUUCGUGUUUUUCACAGGGCUAACCAGAGAGACAUAACAACUUGGAACACCGUUCUUUCUGCAUUUGCCCGCGAUGGGCAUCUGCAAGAAGCUGAAAAAGUUUUCCGAUCGAUGCCGGAGCGCGAUCUCGUGAGCUGGAAUUCAGUGCUGGAGGCAUAUGCGGGGCAAGGCAAGCCAGCCCAAGCGAUCGGAUUCUUCUACGAGCUUCAGCAGCAGUGGAUCCCGAGCGCAAUCAGCGUUGUUUGCUUCUUGGUUAUGACACGGGACUUCGGAUUGGAGGCAACCAAGCAGCACUACAGCUGCGUGAUCGAUCUCCUGUGCCGGGCAGUCGUUUUGGCGAAUGCCCAAGCCGUGAUUGCUGAAAUGCCCAGCGUUCCUGAUCUUGUCGAUUGGCAUUGCGUGCUCGCGUUUUGUUCCAGUGACAAAAACCUUGAACAAGGAAGAGUGUGUGCCAUGUCUGUUCUUGAGAUGGAACCAAACAACGCUGCUGCUUACGUCUCGUUGUCACAAACAUUGAUCUAAACUCCCCGCCAAGAUUUAAACUUUGGGCUGACGUGGCGCGCAUUUAUUGGUAGCGGGUUGCCUCGGCUCGGAAGGAACCCUAGAAAGGGAUCGGAUGUGCGCAAGAUCCCAGGAGCAGCAAGGAGGAGCAAGAACAAUCUCCUUCCUCCAUGGCCGCGGCUGGGUGAGGAAGAUGAUCAACAAUGCAUUGCUGGAAAAGGUGUCGUCGUCAUCGCCAUCGUCUUCUUCUUCGUCGGCUUCCGGUGGUGGUGGGAAUGACAGUUGAAGGAACUCCGGGGAAAGCUCCGGGGGCAUGAUUCCUGUGGAGCCACCGUCACCUCCCAUUCCACCAGACACCCACGUCACGCGCUCACACAAGAAAUCGUCCAAGCACAACUCUGGAUCGAGCUACUCGCUGGGUGACACGAGCCGGAGAUGGGGUGGUUCCAAUCUCGGGAGGAAUUUGUCUUCUCCUCGUGAGAUCUCCGAGGAGCUUGACAAGUUCGUCAUCGGCCAGGAACGAGCCAAAAAGGUGUUGUCUGUGGCAGUCUAUAAUCACUACAAACGGAUUUACUUUGAGAGUUUAAGAAAUGAAGUUGCCAAAGCCGCUGUUAUGGGAGAGUACGCAACAUUUUUUCUAUUCCUAUACCAACAAGUGCUUGCAUCGUUUUUCAGAUCAGAGGAAUUUAAUGAGAGCGUAGCAUUGAAUGCCAAUGCGUCUCGAGACGAUGAAGUUGAGCUUGAGAAGAGCAACGUGCUGUUGCUCGGUCCUACUGGCUCUGGGAAGACAUUGUUAGCUAAGUCAAAGUUUGUGAAUGUUCCCUUCAUAAUUGCAGAUGCUACGACGCUCACACAGGCAAGAUUCAAUCAACAAAUUUUCUAAGAUGCAUGCAAGGAAAUUUUGUUUGAGCUUGGCUCCUUUUUAGGCAGGGUAUGUUGGAGAAGACGUGGAACCGAGUUCAACGUAAAUGCAGCUCAGCAAGGAAUAGUCUACGUUGACGAAGUCGACAAAAUUACCAAAAAGUCAGAAAGCCUCGACAUUGGAAGGGACGUGAGCGGUGAAGGUGUUCAACAAGCACUGCUCACAAUUUUGGAAGGAACUGUAAGGAGCUGAAAUUCUAUUCUCAUUGCAAAGGCUUCUGGGGUAAUCAACUCGUUCAGUGAGUGUGUACAGAUUGUUAACGUCCCUAAGA